AUGAAGCUCUCCCUCGGCUCAGCCCUUGUGGGCCUGGCAGUUGCCCACGCAUCCACUGUCAAGUACAAUGCGAUUACAGGGUAUUUCUUACAAGACGACGAUUCAACCGAUGCCUCGACAUUCGACUAUACAGCGGAGAAUUUCGGCUUGAUCAACCGGACUUACCCCGCGGACAAGCGCAGCAAGCAUCCCCUCACUCAAUGGGAGCGCUUCUACAACCAGGUUUCUCGGCUGAAUGAGGAUAGCCCCAAACAUGUCGAAUACAAGGUUCUGUUCCUGGGCCGUCACGGCGAGGGAUGGCACAACGCCGCGGAGACAUACUACGGCACACCAGCUUGGAACUGCUACUGGUCCGAAUUAGACGGCAAUAGUACGGCCACCUGGGCCGAUGCCUCUCUCACGGAGAAUGGUGUUUCCCAGGCCCUGAGCGCAAACGCUUUCUGGCAGAAAGAGAUUGACCACCAGCGCAUCCACACACCCGAUCACUACUACGUUAGUCCCUUGACUCGCACCCUGCAAACUGCCAACUUGACAUUCACGGGCUUGCAUCUGCCCAAGGGGAGCGCCAAAUUCAAGCCGACUAUCAAGGAGCUUUUCAGGGAGGGAAUCAGCAUCCACACUUGUGACCACCGGCGCAGUCGUAGCUAUAUCCAUGACCUGUUCCCCACGUGGCCUAUUGAGAAGGGCUUCACCGAGGAGGACGAGUUGUGGAAUGGUGUGAUGGCGGAAACGAGUGGUGCGCAAGAUAUUCGAAGUGCGAAGGCCUUGGGACAGGUCUUCUUCAGCUCGAGUAAGAAGGAGUCCUUUGUUUCGAUCACUUCGCACUCUGGGGAGAUUUCGUCCAUUCUGAGGGUCUUGGGUCAUCGCACAUUCAAAUUGAAUACUGGUGCUGUGAUUCCGGUCUUGGUCAAGGCUGAGAAGGUGGAUAAGGACACUACUACUACUUCUGUUCCUUGGACUGCUGAACCUCAUUGUACGGAGCCGCCUGUUUCGUCGGUCACGGCUUGUGUUUGUCCUUCCAGUGCGGUCCCGGUUACUACACCUUUGGCUACUGGCUUUUAA